GAGAUAUUUUUCUGUUAAUUUUCCUUAAUCAUCAUCACCUUCAUGAUCAUCAUCUCUCUCUCUUCUCUUCGUUCCUCUUUCUUUACACGCUUGAAACCCUAGCAGUUCCAAUUUCGUUUUCGCUGAUUGAAUCUUCUCCUUUUUAUGGCGUAACGCUACACGAAUUUCAACAAUUUAGUUUCUUUUUUUGGUUGAAGAAUCAAACGCAAGGAGAGAAACAAUGUCAACGGAGACUACUACGGGGAAUUCCUCAUCGAUUCCAGCAUCAUCAGCAUCAUCCUCCGACGCUAUCGAUCCAGCACCGUUGCUUUUAAGCGGCGAGGAUAAUGAAGGAAGCAACGUAGGAGGAGGAGGAGGUGGGGAACGGAGAUCUGUUAGGAGACAAGGGUUGAGAGAAGCCGCGAGGUUUCUAAGUCGUGCUAGUAGCGGACGUGUGAUGCGUGAGCCUUCUAUGCUUGUGAGGGAAGCCGCGGCGGAGCAGCUUGAGGAGAGGCAGAGCGAUUGGGCUUAUUCGAAGCCUGUGGUGGUUCUUGAUAUCGUGUGGAAUCUGGCUUUUGUUUCGGUUGCUACGGCUAUUUUGGUGAUGAGCAGGAAUGAACAUCCGAUUAUGCCGCUUAGAGUUUGGCUUUUGGGGUAUGCUUUGCAAUGCGUGUUGCAUAUGGUUUGUGUGUGUGUUGAGUAUCGGAGGAGGAAUAGGAGGAGAACCAAUAGGACGACGACGACUCCACGCUCACGUUCUUCUUCUUCCUCUUCAUCUUCUUCUUCCUUGGAGGAAGAUGCUUUGGGUUCCAGGAGGAAUUCAGGUGAGCAGGACUUGUCCCUCGGCCACUUGGAUACCGAAAGCAGCAGUGUUGCAAAACAUCUGGAAUCUGCCAAUACAAUGUUUUCCUUUAUAUGGUGGAUCAUUGGAUUCUACUGGGUAUCUGCUGGUGGCCAAGAGUUGGCACAAGAAUCCCCUCGGAUUUACUGGCUGUCUAUUGUCUUUCUUGGUUUCGAUGUGUUUUUUGUUGUCUUCUGUGUUGCGUUGGCCUGUGUUAUUGGAAUUGCUGUUUGCUGUUGCCUGCCAUGCAUCAUUGCAGUUUUGUACGCUGUUGCAGAUCAGGAAGGGGCUUCAAAAGAAGACAUUGAGCAGCUCACCAAAUUCAAGUUUCGCAAAGUAGGUGAUGCUAACAGACACACUGGUGAUGAAGCCCAAGGAACUACCGAGGGAAUAAUGACUGAGUGUGGUACAGAUUCACCCAUUGAACAUACUCUAUUGCAAGAGGAUGCAGAAUGUUGCAUCUGUCUCUCUGCAUAUGAAGAUGGAACAGAGCUAAGGGAACUACCUUGUGGACACCAUUUCCACUGUUCGUGCGUAGACAAAUGGCUAUACAUCAACGCGACUUGCCCACUCUGCAAAUACAACAUCCUCAAGAGUAGCAACUUGGAUCGAGAGGAAGUCUAGAAAAAACAGCUUUACGUGUUCAUGACCCACAACAUUUGAUCAGGAGACUUGGGGUUAAGGUAAAAAACAAGACUGGUUUGUUUUUUAGAUAUGAUGCAUUGUUUGUGAUAUGAUAAUGAUAUCUAUACAAAUUAUUAUACUUUUGUCUGUAUUGUUUUUUGGUUUGGAAACUAAUCAGGUCUGUACAUCUAUCUGUAUCUAUCCUCUUUCACUUGAAACCAAUGUUUUGUAGUUUGUACUACCUCUUUCUCAGUCGACCUCGAAUUGUUAGAGAUUUUCAUCAUCUUAGAUCUUUAGUUAUGUGUCAAUGACGAUUUUGAUUGUUAA